GCAGCAGAGCUUGGUGGCUGGAGCGGAAGGCGCGGCAAGAACUCGGCUAGCUCGCUGCCGGUGGUCCAUCGUGAGGCCUGCAGCCGUCCGCGUUGGGUUCACCAUCCGUCGCGACCGCUACGACUUAAUUGGGGCUGCCCUCUCACACCCAUGGCGGACAGGGCGGCGGAGCUCCACGGCGGCUGGCUCUGGACGCGCGGCGGCGGCGCGUCGCCCCGCGGCGAGACCUGGCGGCGGCGCUGGUUCACGCUCGUGAACGAAGGGCGCCGCGCCGUCCUCGAGUUUAGAGCAGCGCAGACCUCCCCGAAGCCGCUCGCGCGGCUCGCCCUGACGCCGUCGAGCGAAUGUAUCAGACUCGUCGGCGCCGACGCGCGCCGCGCGGCCAAUGGAAGGAACUGCCCCGCGGGCGUCGUGCUCCGGUUUAGCGUCGGCGGCGUGACGCGGCUCGCGCGGGCGUCGUCCGAGAGCGCGGCGGAGGGCUGGAUCGCGGCUGUUGGUGAAGCGGCGGCGGAGGUCGUGGCGUCUCCAUCAACAACACGGCGCGCGUCGGACGUCGACGGGGAACUGGCGCGGCUCUCGGCGCGGCGGCGCGAGAUGGAGCGCGUCGACGCGGCGCUGCGGGCCAAGUCGGACCGGCUGGACCGGCGCGUGCGGGCGCUGCGCGACGUGGUGUCG